AUAAUAACUACAGAAAUUCAAGUAAAAGUUGCCGAACGCUGGUGUGACGUCAGAUGGUAGACAUGAAUCACGUGCCCCUAGAGCUGCUUGUCUCACUUUACUGAUCUGAUGAACUUGAUGCGUGCUUGGUGAAAAUCUGAGUGUGCCGGUUCGCGGACCAAACUCGGCGUGCAUUCAGUUCUGUCGGUGUUGUUGGUCGUCGGUUUUCCCUUUCCCGGACGUUUUGAAAGUGUGGAAAUACACCACGGUUAAGGAAGAGCUGGAGCUUUUAACCCUUCACGAGGCACCCCAUUAAGGUGUCUUCCUGCCUGCUCAGAUGUCCACCACAGCAAAGCUGCGAGUCAUUUUUGAUGAUCUUACUGUGCGCAAAUUGAUUCUACCAUCCGGUAUCCCCAGUACUCUUCAGGAUCUCAAGCUUGUCAUCCAGAGCACAUUCAGCACUCCAGAUGGCUUUUCUCUAAUGUAUCAAGAUGUGGAGUUCGGGGGCCAAUUCUUUACACUGACCUCUAUAGAAGAUGUGCAAGACAGGGGUACGCUCAAAGUUGUUAAAGUUGAACCAGUCAUUGUAGAUCUCUGUGCAGUGGAAGAAUCAGAUGGCGUGUCAUCCACAUCUUUAGCAUCUCAGGACACAAUUUUGCUCUCGUCAUCAUCUGAUGAAAGUCCCUUGUCCCAACCAUGGCCAAGAAAUGUUGAAAUUGGAGAAACAAAAGAGGCAAUGGAAGAAGAGAGGGUGGUUCUACUCACAGAAGUGAAAAAGAACAACAACGAGGAGAUUAUCCGUGAGAAAAUGGAGAAGACCUUUUCGUAUCGACGGUUGGAGGUUGUCAACCAGAUGCCCUCAGUCCCAGAUGUCAUGGCGAGAUGGCCUGCCCUUUUCUAUGAGUCUCAGGUAAAGGAGGAGUUCAAGAGGAUCACAACUAUCCAUCUGGACCAAACCUUUUUGACUAAGAUGGAUCUCUACACUCCAAAACUCCUGACCAUCUUCAAGACAAAGGGUGGGACUGCAGGCACAAAAAUAAACAGCGUCUUGGAGUCACUCAGUCGGAAACAGAUCUAUAGCCAUGAUGCGGUCAUCCGUUGUCUGAUCCAUUUCCUGGGAGAAUCGGCAGAGGAGCUCAUUAAAGACUACCAGCAGGAUGUUUCCAAGGAUGCCAUCGAACAAGACAUCAAAGACCAUGAGAUCAAGAUCCUUGUGCUGGGCAGUGCUGCAGAGGGUGUCCCCCCAACUGAUGUCAUCAUUGUGAUCGAUGGUACAGAGGUAUUGGGUGGUUGUAAAACACUCACCAAUGCUUGCAUUUUGCUCAUGGGCUUUGUGUACUCCCUAGAUCUCAGAUAUCCCCCAAAAUUGCAAUAUACAUUUGAAGUUUUUCAAAAGUUGUUUUUGGAGUUGGAUGAUUUUAAGUUCUCCCCCAAAGUGGAUUCUCUGUGGAGGAAACUGGUACUGUAAAAGGGAAAUGAAACUACAGCACAUGCGGCACAGAUGCAAUUGAAUUGUGAGCUUGUUCAUAACUGUUCAUGAAGGGCUUUGAGUUAUGCGUCUUGCUCUUUAGUGUAGGUUUAUUUAAGGACUUGAUUAAUGUAAAAAUGGGCCUGUACAGGUUGGAUUUGUCUUUCUUUUCAUUCUUUUUUACUUUGAAUUUCAUUACUGUGUACUAUAGGUCCAGUUAUUAAGUUCCCUCUCAGUCUUUGCAUCAUUUAUAGGACCCACAUCACUCACCAGUACUUGCAUUCUGCUCAUGGGCUUUGUGUACUCAAUAAGUAUGUGCAUCCCAGUUUGGAGCAUAUCGGAGCUUUAAAGUUUUUCAAAAGUUGCGUUUGGAUGACUUCAACAUUCUCCAAAAAGUGGGUUCUUUGAGGGUAAAUCUACUACUGUAAAAGGAGAAUAUGCCAUUGUAUAUUACGGAUGAGUGACUUCACUUUGAAGUCUGUGUGCAUAAGUCUGAGUUAUGCGUCUUGCUAGGUUUGUUCAACAAGUUCAAUAAUGUACAGAUGGACAUGGGCAACUUAUUGCGUUUUUCUUUUAUUUUAAAGAAUUUUAUUCUUUGAAUAUUUUAUUAUAGUGCACUAUAGGCCAAUUAGUUGGUUCCCUUGCAAACAUUUUCCGUCCCAAGGCUAACUCAUUCCUCACUUACGUGAACCACA